CACGCUUUCGAGCCAUAAAUGGCACCCCUUGGCAAGCCUCAAGUCCUGUCCAGCCGUCUUCCAUGUACCCAGGGAGUUGUGAUGUUUCUUUUUUUAUUCUGGUAAUACGAGGCUUCUAGCCAGUAGCGUCUGGGGCUCCCACCAUGACCACCUCUCAAUCACGUCUGCCGCAUGAGUCUGGCAAACCAUAUAAAGAGAUUGACAGCAAUUCUGUUCUCCAGCAUAUACGCAAUCAUAGAGCCUCUCGGUAAAUAAGAGGUCAAACAAGGACAAACCCAAUAGAAAGCACCUCUAGAUUGAAGCAGCCUGACCUCGUGGCCAUCAUGUUUGGAGCGAUACAAGGGCUUUUCUCUUUGAAGUGGACUCAACAGCCUCUUCUUCACCCACUUCCGCCUACCAUCACCCGGCGUUUCGUCACGACAGACAGAGGUCCACUUGAGUUGCUCAUAUCGGAGCCUUCAAAGCCGGAAACAGACACAGCGCGGAGCCACCCCCCUGUGUUUUUUAUCCAUGGCGGGGUGGGUUCAGCUUCGGUGUGGUUGGAAUGGAUGGACUAUUUCGCCACAACCUCCCAUACAACGACGUACGCCUACUCACUUCGCAGUCAUGGAGCAAGUUACAGCGUCCCCUUUUGGAGGAUGACAUGGCAGACUUCGCUUGACCAUCUAGCCCAGGAUUUGACUGCAUGUGUGCAAGAGGUCCGAAGGCGUGAAGGACAAGAUCCAAUCCUCGUGGCACAUUCUUCAGGCGGUGGCCUUGUUCAGUACGCCUUGUCCAAACGCCAGAUUCAAGGUCGGGCCUUGGUCCUCCUGGGCGCCGUACCUCACUUCGGCAAUGUGAAUGUCUACAUGAAUUGGUUCAGAAGAAUCGACCCAUGGUUUGGUCUCCGUGUCCUGUUCCAUCUCUACCAUCCCAACAGUCCCCUCAGCACCCCGCGAUUGGUAUACAAUGCCUUUUUCGGGCCCGAAUACCCCUUCCACCGUGUUGCCGAGUUCAUGAAAUGGAUGAGCAACUACGAAGCCAUGCUCUGGCCGUUGGGCAUGGCCGGUCGUGGCCGUGGAAUCCAAAACCGCACGUGGCUUUCGCCUGCAGAUAUAUUGAAGAGUCUUACCCAAUGGCAGGGGGUCUCUCAGAAGAUCAUGGUAAUGAUCGGUACCGAGGACAAAAUUAUGGGUGGAACACAGUUCAGAAUGGUGGAAGAAUAUCGGGCGGCUAUUGCCCAGCUUCCAAAUCAAUCCUCGACCAAUGCUGACGCAGCCAAAAUGGACCAAGUCAGCCUUGUUCGAGUCUCCAAAGGAGUUAAAGAACAGGACUUUGGCCGGGUUAGGUUGGCAGAGGUUGAGAAUGCGGGACAUCAUACUCAGAAUGAUGUACAAUGGAAAGCUGCUGUUGAGUCUCUUCGCAAAUUUGUCGACCAAGUAUGAAUGUGAUGAGCUUGGUAUAGAUAGAAUCAAUGAAUAGAGACCAAACAGGCUAGAUGGAUCUGAUGCGGGUACUGCAUAAAUCACGAUAUAUUUUAUUCUUCCA